AUGUGGCAUUCAGGGGUAUGGGUGGCUCUGGGUGCCAUAUGCAUCGGUCGCGUCUGCUCGUAUACUGGUGAUCCCUACGGCGAUGGUGCCGAGUUUACUGGUGAUGGUGGCGGAGGCUUCGGGAACGGAGGCGAUGGCAGCUACGGAGAUGCAGGUCAAUCUGGGGACGGCAGCUGGGGCGGUGCGUCCUCAUGGGAUGGAGAAUCCUCAGGCUUCGACGGGGCGCAGGGCGGUGAUGGUGCCCAGGCGGGAGACGGGGACCAGGCCGGAGAUGGGGACCGGGCCGGCGACGGCUCACAGGCUGGCGACGGGUCGCAAGGCGGUUACGGCUCGCAAGGCUCACAAGGCUCGCAAGGCGGCUACGGGUCGCCGGCCAGCCAGGGCUCACUAGGCGGCAGUGCUGAAACUACACCGACCACUGCUGAGCCUGCCGCGCCUGCCGCGCCACCGGCCCCGCCUCCACCUGCUGCCCAAGAGCCAGGAGUCGUCCCACCUCCUCGGCCCACUACUACGACUACGACCGCCGAACUUGAAGAAGGUGCUUGGACAAAGUCGACCACCAUGAACCAUGUCCACGGAGAGACGACCUACAGACUCGGAGGCUUGAAGACUCUCUACGAGGUCAGGGAAGAGCUUCAGGGCCAGGAGAUGCAGCAGAACCUGAAGACGAAGCCUUGGAAAGAUCCUCAGGUUGAGGAGAUGGAUCCCUGCAUUCCGCGGUUUCGAGUGAGGAAGGACCCACCGGCGAUCUCCACUGAACUGAACGGUGUGGAACUGCCAGAUGCCUGCUUUCUCAACGAUGCGAAAGGCCUGCACCACAUCUUCGUGAUCGGCGACUGGGGCGGCGUUAUCGACUUCUUCGACAAGAAUGUGAAUCCAUGGGAGGUUCACUCGCCCAAGACCGCAGACCACACCAGCAAGGUCUUUGCCUCCCACCAUCGGAAGAAGGUGAACUCCUCCGACGACUGGGCCCAGUUCAACGUCAGCAGGUGGAUGUGCUACUAUGCCAAGAAGUGGGAUCCAGAUUUUGUUGUCAACCUUGGAGACAACUUCUACUGGGGUGGCGUCAACGUGCAGUGCGGAGCGCCGAUGGACAAAGUCGCGGAUCCGGGCUUCCAGUGGAGCAACAUCUAUGAGAUUAUGUACAAGUGCGACGGCCUGGACGGAAAGCAGUGGCUUGGGGUGUUGGGAAACCACGACUACGGUGGUUUCAUGUUCACCAGCGGCUGGGACCAGGUGAUUGCGUAUACUUGGUCGAAGCUGAAGUUCAGCACCGGUCGAUGGCUACAGCCGGCCUUGUACUACAAGUGCCCGGUAAAGUUCAACGACUUCGCCAUGGACUUCUUCUUCGUCGACUCGAACCUCUUCGAUGCCAACGAUUACCAUGACACCAGCGGCCACAACAUCUGCUCAGGUCUCCACAACUACCAAUCCGCCACCUGCGGUCUUUCGGGCCCGGUAUCUCUGGAGCAAUGCUCGGAGUGGUUCAAGAACCUCUGGGAUGCCGAGGUCCAGUGGCUCGAGGAUGGCCUGGGCUCGUCCAUGGCCGACUGGCAGAUCAUUGCCACUCACUUCCCGCCCGAGCAUGGCGUCGACGAGUGGCGGCGUCUCUCCAAGAAUUAUGGCGUGGACCUGCUCCUGACCGCUCAUCGACAUGUGCAAGAGGUGCACGUGGAUGACGAGGCCAACCUGCUGAAACCGACAGCCUUCGUGGUGAGCGGCGGGGGUGGCGGCAUCACAUCUGAGGCCGUCCCUUCCGAGAACGGCGAGGACGACCAGUACGGUUUCAUGGACCUGACGGUCUCCAAGCAUGAGAUCAAGAUUACGGCGGUGUCCCAUGGCGGGCAAAUCCGGAAUGUCAAGUGCCUGACACAGCGGCUGCCAGGCGACGACUUUACACAGGAGCUGACAGACGGGUCUCUUUGCGACAAUGCGCCACAGGGACUUCAGAAGCCACCCAAGCCGGACAUCGCACCAACAGCCCCAGGCUACAAAGGCCAGGAGAAUCCUCCACCCAAAGCCUUGAACUAUUCACAUAGAUCGAUCGAGUUAGGCUUAAACAAGAGGGCCUCAUGGGAUUUCCUGUUGGGAGCUUCCCCGUUUGCCUACGAAGAGAUCGCAAGCAACUCGAGACAACAGGAGUACAUGAAAAACAUGUUGUGGGUAGAUGACCUGGAAACUCCAGAGAACCAGAGCUCUCAGACGGCCUCGGUGGAGUAUCCACCAGCUUUCGUCACCUACCUAGCGCGACUGCUGCUCGCACGCGACGAACGCUGUGCCGGCUGGUGGGCAGGGGCGAAGAGUGCUGGUGUGGAAAGCCCGCAGGAGGUGUUUGCACAAUUUGAGGCUUCGGUCGCGAAAACGCUCUCAGAGAGCUGGCGCGGAAAAGCCGGGGCACUCGCUGCAGCUCUGAUCAAGCGGUUCGGAGGACGAUUUCCCUUCGAUGCAGAGCCGCAAAUUAGGCUCUGCUUCGGCCUCCUCCCCGAGGAUGUUCUCCGGGGGUCCUUCUUCGAUCAAAAUUUUAGCACUGACCGCGACGAGGUGAUGGAGGUUUUUCUCGCCAUCGAUAAAGAUGGCAAUGGCAUGUUAACGAGGGCGGAGAUACAGGAAGCAUUUCAGUCCAUAGGGGACGGGUGGCUGUCAAAGCCCGAAGUUGAGCAAAUGUUGAAAGAUGCCCUUGCCGACAGCAAUGGUGAGGUAGACGUCGCUGGUUUCAAGGCAGCAUUGGCAAAGUCGCUGACGGCACCGCGAGCUCGUGCCGAACAGGGCCUGCCGGACGCCGAGUGGUGGCGGGAUCCUGCCGCGCUUUUGCCGGCGCCCAUGCUGGAAACUGCGACGCCUGCUGUCUUGCAGGAGGCCUAUGAGAAAUACAGGCAGGACGGUGGCAUUCAGGCCCAGCCCUUGCAGCGAGAAAAGCCGCUGAAUAUCCGGACCUAUGCGCUCUUUACACUCGCAGGAGCCCUGGCAUGUACGUUGACCCAUGCGGCGCUGGUGCCACUAGAUGUGGUGAAGACGUUGCAGCAGACGGAGCCCAGCCGCUUCGGCAGCCUUGGGCUACUCACAGCCGGCCAUCGACUCGUGAAGGAAAGUGGCCUGUCAGCUUUGUUUCUGGGCCUGUGGCCCACCCUGGCAGGCUACACCUGGUAUGGAGCUUCCGUGUUCCCGGGCUAUGAGCUUUUCAAGCGGAAGUUGAUGGAGGUGGCGGGGCCACGGAGAGCAGUUAGCCUUCGGAUCCCCACGAUUCUCCUCGCCGGAGCGAUGGCGACCUUCUUCGCAUGCAUAGGUGUGGCACCAGCAGAGGCUGUGCGCAUCCGAACCGUGGCGGAGAGAGGCUUUUCCACCGAUUUUCUGAGCUCCUGGCACCACCUUUUCGCUGGCUUUCCACCACUGCUCCUGAGACAGGUUUUCUUCGGAAUGGCCAAGUUCCUGGUCUUCGACACCGUCGCAGCAAUGGUCUACCGCCAGCUCCCUUGGAUGGCGAACAGGAAAGGGACUUCCUCCAUGGUGUCCAUGUUUUCCGGCGCCGUUGCAGGCAUUAUCUCCACCUUCGUGAGCCAGCCUGCAGACGCCAUCCUCACGUGCAUGUCGGCGACCCCUCAGCUAGGCAUAGCAGGAGCAGCAUCAGCCUUGUGGAGAGACGGACAGUUUGGUGCCUUCUACGCGGGUUUCUCCACGAGGGCGGCGUGGGCCGCCGCCAUCAUCGGAGGGCAGUUCCUGCUUUAUGACGUGGCGAAGAGGAUUUUCCGGGUGACUCAUGGGGAUCUCUCGCAGACUGCCGACGCUCUCUCGACGGCAUUACGCAACGAUCAGGUCUUCCAACCAUCACAGCCCGGUCUCGCAGGCGGCCCGCGUCCACGUACCGUGUCUGCGACAUCACGAAGGUUUGUCCAUGGCAGACUGCGACCUCCCAUCCUCGUUGGAAGAAGUUGGCUUCGGAGAAUCCGAUGCCGGUUUCUCAGCGAGAGGCCGUGA